GACGUUUCGAAAAGAUCCAUCUAAGAUUCAAAGUAAAGCCCGCGCGAACGUGCGCACUUCGGUCAAGAGUGACGCAUGCGCAGUAGUACAUUUUCGCGAUGAAGGCGUGCACAACGAAGAAAAGACGCGAGCGAACGCGUGUUUUAGAUCAGUGAAGCGCCGGCAAAGCCGGAGGAAGGAUGUUUCUUUGUAAUCAUCAUCUUUCUCUUCGCUGAGUUUUCCUCCUCGUCGUACGAAAUAGAACCGAUCAAAGUUCGUAGAUUCGCUUUAACGAUCGUUCGAUUUCACGUUUUUUUUUAAAUUUUCUUUCAUUUGCAAUUUUUUUUUUUUUUUAUUGGGUUUCUUUUACGUGGUUUUUCUUUUUUUUUUUUUUAAUUCUUACAUCUUUCUUUAUUCCGCUAACUACAUCGAAUCGAUUCGAGUGAAACAACGAAGUUGAUUUCGUGUCACGUUUUCGUGCUCGACCGGAGGAUGAUUCAAGAAGGAUAGGAAGUUUAGAGAAAAAGAAAAAAGAAAAAAAAAAAAGGAUUUUCUCAUCUCUUCCGGUAAAUCAGGAGAUAAGCUUAAUCGAUCUUUCGCAUCGUUGCGGAGUCUCUCUCGAUCCUCUUUAAGAGAGAUCGAAAAGGGAGGAGUCUUUCAAGAUCCGAUUUGUCUCGUCUGCUUUUUUUCUUUGUUAUUUCUCUUUUUUCCUUUUGAUUCUUUUCUUCUCUCAACGAGUCUCUUUUGAUAAGUCGUUAGAGAAUUUUGGAGCAGAGUAGUACGUCUUUUGAUUUUAAUCGCGUAAAAAAUAAUCGACGAGCGACAACUGGAGCUUCAAAGUCGUUUUAAAGAAGCAGGUUUUGAGAAUAAGCGAAGGGACGAAGGGUCCGGACCCAGAUCGGCCGGUGUUGUCACAUCUCCGAAAAACGAGUACGAGCAAGGCAAGAAAGCUACAGCAUCAGCAACAACGUCGAAAGUGGGGAUACGAUAAGAGAAAACACUUCGUUUCUCUUUUAACUGAUCGUUCGAAUAAAACGAUACAUACGAGGCGUUCGAGAGAAUUUAUAUAAAAAAGAAAAGAAGAAUUUAUUACCAGUUCAAACGAUACUAUGAUGAUGGAGCGAGUAUUCGUUGAAUUAACAAAGAUAACGAACGAUCGGAAAGUCGUUUUAAAGAAAUAGUAACGUUCUUGGCACGACCGUAAAACUUUUUUAUCGAUUAAUACGAAGAAAGUAUAUAUAUAUAUAUAUAUAUAUAUAUUAAUUAAAGCGAUAGAUAAAUUAAAUCGUUUGAUCAAAAAAAAAGAGGGAAAAAAAAACCAGGAAAAUGAAAAUGAUCGAGAAGAUAACGUCGAGUUUCCAUACGGAAGCUUUGCAAAAUGAUAGCUUGUCUAUCGUUGAUCUAGCAAGUACAAUGAUGACCAUGAACGUUACCGUUCCUAAUAUACCUAAAAGACACGUGACUUUUAUUUCUCAAGCAGUACUCACGUUGGUAUAUAUAACCGGUGUUAUCGGUAAUGUGUCCGCUCUGGUCAUUCUCUUUCAUCGCGAUAAGAGAAGAAACCGCAAACACUUGCUGAUGCUACGUUGCUUGGCAAGCAACGAUCUCGUUGCAUUAUUGGGUAUGUUGGUCCAAAUGUAUAUCAGUAUCUACGUAGCUGGCGUUACAUCCAAUCGUGCAUUCUGUUCUCUACGAGUCGUAUGGAGACUCUUUGGAUUAUUCAGUGGCUGUGUAGCUAUCGUAAUGGCCGCUGAAAGAUGGUUAGCUUUGACUAGGCCUUUCGUUUAUCAAAAGGUGACGUAUCCGGUAAUUGUCCGUUGUAUGCUAGCACUUUGGCUGGCUGCUCUGUCAUUGACCAGCCUACCGGUAUUAGGCUUUGGUCUUUAUUACAAAGACGAUCACUGUGUUCGAUAUAGAGAGGCUACCGAACUUACUGACAUUGCUUAUGCAUACGUGUGGUUCGUUUUCGGUACUCUUCUCUGUCUAUCCAUUGUCUGGUGUAAUUUAGCAGUGUCCAGAGCGCUAGGUACACUAGGUCGUCGAGCUGGAGCACUGAGACGUAUCUCGAGGGCUUCUUCAAGAGCAAAACCGUUGUUAACUGUAACUGGACCCACACCAGAAGUCGUCGCAACUGCCGAGGAAAGAGCAUUUGCUCGACUUAUGGCAGUGCUUUCGAUAUCUUUCGUUGUAUGUUGGAUGCCACAAAUGAUUUCGAUUCCGCUCGCACAAUUUUCUAUGACUUUAACGACAAAGAUGGUGACUUUGAAAAGAUGUAUUCAUGCUUUUCACAUUGUCGCCGACAUUCUUUUGUGCGUACAUUUCACUUUGGAUCCAUAUAUUUACGUUCUACUUCGAAUGCCUCGACCAAGGUUCCGUUUGUUAAAACCACUUUGCAAGAUCUGUUGGCCAGCCAGAAGUCGAUCGAAUUCGUUCACAGGAACAGGAGAUAAUCAUUGCAGCAGUGGUGAUCCACCAACCCCUAUAACCGAAGCACCCUCGACACCCGUUAGCGAGGAACACGAAUCUGAAUUAGCAACUGUCAAUGUUUGAGAUCGAUAUGUGUCGAUCGUAUCGAUCUCAUUAACGAUUUUACGUUUACACGUUUACACGAGAAUUAUUCUCUGAUGUACCAAAGUUCUAUAUAUCUAUUUCUCAUUCACUAUUUCGUGUUUACAUUUCUGAAUUAAAUUUGGGACAAAAUCGAGGCAUUCCAUGAGAGUUAGAAUGAAGAAAAAAGGAUGAAAAUUUUAUUUGAGAUUAGAGUAUUGCAAUUAUAAAUAUCUAUGGAUAUUUGUGUACUUCUUUUUUCUUUUAUAUAUACUAUAUAUAUAUAUUGUCGAAGGUUUAUGCAUGAAACGACUUUUCAUCGAGAACUCCAGUCAUUUGCUUCGCGCAAAUGACAGUGACGUUGACAGUUCGGAUACAAGCCUAAUCUUUCGACAAUCUAAUUACGAUCAAACGUACUACGAAAAUAAUCGACAUUUUUUUUUUUUUAUAUUUAUAUUUUAUGAUUCGUAUAUUUUGAAAGAAAUUGAUGUAGGAUUGUAUGAUUCGAUUGUAUGAUCGACGAAUUUUAAACGUUUAUUACGUUCGAUUAAAAACGUGAAAUAAAAGGAAAUAUUUAAAUAUACGUUUCCAAAGCACAGUUACACGAUCCAAAUUAUUCUACAUAAAUGUAUAUACAUUGUAAAUGUUGACAUCUGUGUAGAUAUGUUUCUAGUCAGAGUGAACCGAUGUAACUGUGUAAAAAAAAAAAAGAAAAUACAUCCACAUACACGUCAAAAAAACGAAAAAAAGAAAUAAAAAGAGAAAUUUCAUUCGUUUCCAAUGCAAGAAUAUCAAAAUAAGGAGAUCGAUUAUUCUCCGUACGAUGUUAAUCGUUACGCGCGUGCAUUUCUUUCUUUUUUUUUUCUUUUUUAUAUUUUUUAAAAAGAAAUUUUACUCGUGCCAUUUAAUGAUGCUGUUAUUCUAAGUGUAUUAUGUGUGUACAUGAAUACAUAUUUACAUAUAAAAUAAGAGUACACGUUAAGAGGAACGAACAUAUUAUUAUCAUUACUAAUAAUAGAUUUAUCAAUAAUUUUGCACAUCGUGAUCGCAUAUCGUUCGAUCCGUUCGUCUUAUUUGAUUUUAUAUAUAUAUAUAUGUAUAUAUAUAUAUAUAUAUAUAUAUAUAUAUAUAUAUAUGUUCUCCUCAACGAAAAUGAUAUUUAUUGUGUAAGAGAAGUAUUCAUGUAUAAGAUAUUUUUAUUAACCAUUUAUAAAUUUUAAAUCAUCUUUGAAAUGAUUACAUCAACGAGCAUUUAUAAUUGUACAUAAGAAUGUUAUAUAUAGUUAACUAUAAUCAAAUGUACUGUCUAUUGAUUGUGACGUACAAUCGCAGGCGAUGUAAAGCACGCAGAUGAUAUCUAUUAAAAGAGAAAAAAAAGUCACAUAAUUGUCAAAUAAAUAUAUACAUACAUAAUAAACGAUGAUACAUUAAUCC